AUGUUUGAUAAGCUCAAGAACAAGCUUUCGUCGGACUUUCCGGCGGUGUCCACUCCGUCGCAGAUUGACCGCAGAACGGUUUACCGCUACCGGCAGAACUUUGGCGUGAAUUUCGGCUCUGUGUUUGUGCUCGAGAAGUACAUGUUUGACAGUCUCUUUGGCAACACCGAGUACGAACUCGACGCUGUCAAGAUGAAUGUGCAGCAGAAGGGCGUCGACGAGACCAGAAAGCUCUUUGAAGCCCAUUGGACCGGCUACUGCACGGACGACGACUGGAACUGGCUCAAGUCCAAGGGCGUACAGUCUGUGAGGCUACCAAUUGGGUACUGGGCAGUCGACCCUCGCCAGUUCAACGGCGGCACGUCGUUCGAGUCUGUGGGCGCCGUCUAUGAGAACGCUUGGGCAAUUUACAAACAGUACAUCCAGAAGGCCGCCAGCUACAACAUUUCUGUCGUUGUCGAUCUGCAUGCUCUGCCCAAGGGAGCCAACACGGGAGGACAUUCGGGAGAGCGGCUUCACAGGGCAGGGUUCUGGAGCAGUUCCAAGGCCGUCGAUAAGGCCGUUGCGAUUGUCAAAUUCAUCGCGUCCGACCUGGUCUCAUUUGAGAACGUGUGUGGUCUGCAGGUGGUGAACGAGUCUGAUUUCGACGAGGCCAUGGGGCAGAAAAAAUAUUAUUCCGAGGCCAUCAGAGCGAUCCGGUCGGUCAACCCAGACAUCCCGGUGGUGAUCAGCGACGGCUGGUGGCCGGACCAGUGGGUGAAGUACGUGAACGGCCACACCCGGGCCGGCACAGAUCCCGGGAUCGUUAUCGACCACCACGUGUACAGAUGUUUUAGCGACGACGACAAAAGUAAGGGGGUGGACCAGAUCAUCCGGGAUCUGGACGGCUCGGUGCUCACCAAUCUGUCUGGCCCGGCAGACUUCAUGAUCGGCGAGUAUUCGUGUGUUCUGGACAAUUCGUCGUGGUGCAAGGGAAACUUCGACCGUCAGGCGUGUGUGCGUCGCUUUGGCAACGAGCAGGCGCGACUGUUCAAGGAACGUGCGGGUUUUGGCUCCUACUUCUGGUCGUUCAAGUUUGAGCACGGAGACGGCGGCGAGUGGGGGUUCAGGCCGAUGGUGGAGUCGGGGUGCAUUCCGUCGCGGAGCACAGAGCCGCAGAUCCCGUCCGACGACGAGAAAAACAGGCUGCUCCGCGAGAACUCGCACGCACACGAGGAAUACUGGAACCGGCAGAACGCAAACGAGAAGUACGAGCACUGGCGGUACAAAGAGGGGUUCGAGACGGCGUGGAGCGACAGCGUGGAGUUUGCGAAAUUCGACAACUCGCGAAUCGGCCGCAGAGCAGCGUGGAAGUCGCUCAGACGGCAGCAGCACAUUGCCUCACGCGGGAACAGCAGUUUUAUCUGGGAAUGGGAGCAGGGAUUUGAUAAAGGUCUGGAGUGUUUUGGCUACUAA